AUGUCUUCGAACCGUUCUCCACCUCCUCCCCCUCCCCGAAAAUCCACACAAAAAUUUACAAAAGUAAAAAAAGUAUUUUAAACAAACAUUUCAAACUUGAAUUUCAUUUUUCAGAAUAGCAGCAAUCCGCGCCCAGAGAACCACCGAUGUAAAAGCGCGUGGCGUAAAAUUCACCUACCUGGAAGAAAAUAUUUGCGAGCAGAUGGGGCUCCAGAUGGAUGUCAUUCGAAACAGGAAUUUGACGUAAGAUAUUCAAACCGAAGGCACACGAUAGACAUCGCAAAUCGCAGAGCAUGAAACGACAUGGCGUGGAGUAUGACAAAGAGGCGCAAGUGCGCGGAGAAAAGGCUUUGGCUGAUCCACGGAGUCAGUCUAACAAUGUCCGUCCCGCGGCAAAUUCUUUCCGGAAUAUACACUACACCAAGCGUCCACAUCUACGUCUUGAUUCAAAUUACUGUACUAUCCCGCCAAAACGAGAAGUUUCAUUAUUCAGAAUGGACGACAACUGUACAAUCGAGCUUCUGAGAGAUUUUGCAGAGUAGUUCAAUCAUCACGUCAUUAUUUUAACCCAAUCAUCUUCAGAGAAUGCGGUAAUGUGGAAGACGUAUGGGUUUGUAGACAUCCAACAACGAAUCAACAUUUGAAGAUGGCAUAUGUUGUUUUCAAAUUUGUCGAAGACGCAAUAAAAUUUCGAGAAAAAUACAGAACACAGAGUAUACUUGCUACGAAGUGCAAGUGUGAAAUAGACCCGUUCCGUGAGUUUGAUUCUGCGAGGUCGUUGUAUCUAUUAAUCUUCUCAGUUUCUAAAUUGAACGAAGCUUACGAGGAAAUCACUGAUCAGCCGAUCAGCCGACUUCCAAAACAUUUGACUUUGAUCGAAGCGCCAGUAUUGAAAAAAAUCCGUUCAAAAUUUCUGGGUUACCAGGUCGAAGAAGAAAGUGAGCGAAACUGUAAUGGUAAUAACGCAGAAGAUUAUGAAUGUACUACAAUAGAGAGAGAGACAUUCGAUAUAACGGAUGAAGAAUACUCUCAAAGAAUCGACAAUGGUGGGUUCGAAGCACUUUCUAAAUUCUCAAAUGAAAAUUGUUUUUGCAGACAAUGAAUAUGUUCCCCCUCACUGUUACAUCGGUUCUCCUAUUCCUCCUACUUCGUUCGAAGAAGAAAGCAUCCCUCCUCCUCCGACGAAAGAAGCAAUUCCUCCUUACAAUGUGAAAGAAAAAGAAGCCGUUCCUCCGCCACCUCCUCCAACAGGGUUCCAUAAUCACCAUCCAUCACUUGGCUCUCAUGAAUUUCCGACAGGUCAGUCCAAUACUGCAAAUUUACGCUCUAUAAGAUAUUUUUUUGACAUCUUAAUAUCAAUUAAUAUGUUUUUAUGAUUUACAGAACCUCCUCCAUCAUAUUCCCAGAUAGAUCCGAUGCGUUCGAGCAGAGAUCAAAAACAUAGUGUUUCCCGGCACCAUCGAAAGUACCCUUCGAGUAGUGAAUCAGAGAGCGGAAAAUCGAGUACAGAUCGUGUUUCACGUCGUGGAGACUAUCGACCAGCUUCUCGAAAUCAUGGAGCCGAUGACAGUGACAAAGUUGUAAAAGUACACAAAACCAAGUUUGAGAAAAGAACAAUUGAAUAUGAGGCGGGGAAGAAGAAGUUCGAACAAGUGCAUAUCAGGAAGAGGACGUCCGUCAUCCGAGGAAAAGAAUUUGAAGAAAUAUCGUCUGACGAGAAUGCGUCUAGCUUCGAUUCAUCUUCUACACCUUUCCAUGGGGACUCAGAUAAAGAAAGAAAACUGAAAGUAUGCUAAUUUGGCCGAAGAUAUGUUUCUUUUUUUUGGUUACAGAAACGCGAUAAAUCACCAAGCCGUAAAAAAAAAGAAAGAGGUUUUGGCUGGGACUCUGAGAGCGACGAAUCCGAAGAUGAACACCUUAAACGAAGAGGUGGACGAUCGAAAAUUCGAGACCAAGUGCGGAGAACAGAGAAAAACGUUCGACGGGAUUAUAACACUGGAAGGUCUAAAACCCCACCGCCACCUCCUCCAGCUCAUAUGGUUCCACAGUCAAACAGACAAGUGAAUCAUAAUAUUCCAUCUUCUGCUCCACCACAAAGUUUCCAACACCAUCCACACCAGAUGCCGCAUAUGAUGCCUUUUGCUUACUAUUCGCAAGCUCCUCCUCCGCCGCCUUGUGAUACCCGUAAGCCACCGCCCGGAUUUAUUUCUUCAUUUCAACCAGUGGCACCAGCAGCUUCAAUUUAUCCGCAAAUGACCGUUCCUCCCUCUAUUGUUCUCGCACAUUAUCAUAGUGCCCCAUCGAAUCUAUGUUUGCCGCAACCUUCCCUCGUUAUACCGUCUCUUUCUGGGAACAAGAAUAAUUCUCCGGAUGAUCUGAAACUAUCUCUCCAGCAGCGACUUACUGGCUUAUUCGCCACAGUAGAUACGCCUAAACUUGCCCCUCAACUUGAACGGCUUCCGAAACCAUUGGAAUCUAUGGAUGAUCAACAUUCACUCGAAGAUAUGGAUGUUGAAGUGUCAAGUGGCAGUGAACUACAAGAAGCCGGCGAUGAACGAGAAAGAGAAAUACGACGAAACUUGAUGGACCGACUUGAAACUGUCCGCGCUUCAAUAGUGAGAAAAUGUCGCCAGAGAACGAUAGAAGAGUUGAACUCAAAAAUUACUGAUGAUAUUCGACAACAAAUAAUGCGUUUGUGCCUUUCGCAACUCGAUGACAAAAUACAAAAUCAGACAGUUGUUGAUGAAGAAAGAAGGAAAAAAGAAAGAGAGGAAAAAGCCAGGUUGGAAGCGGAAAAGCCUAAAAUGAUUGCGGAUAUGAUGGUAAGUAUAAAAGUAUGAUGAUAAAUUAUGAAAAAUGCGAUUCUCAGACACUUUUCAACAAGCAAUCGUUCUCCAACGCUCCUCGUCAAAAUUUUUCCUUUUUCAGGGUGAGUUUUCAUCUGGAAUCAACCAAUGCAUUCUUUCCCUUUUCAGAAGCAGAAACCAAUUCCAAAAAACAACCGCCAACACGAGAGCCGUCCGGUUUCAACAUCAUCGUCGGCAUCAUCAGAUUCUUCGAGUGAAUCUUUUGUAGCUCGUCCCCCACUUCGAAAACGUUCGUCGUCAUCGUCUUCUUCUGUGUCGUGUCGAUCUGAGUCUGAUGAUUCUGAUAGUGAUGGACCCAAAAGACGGGAAAAGUCCGUAG